AUGUCGAAUGGUCAAUCUAGGAGACACCAUACUUACCACAAAGAGAUGGAUCACGCUUUCACUCUUAUUUUCCACAACAUCAAGAGACUGCAAGAUGACCGAAUAUGCAACAGCGCUCCUAACAUCGCCCAACCUCAGUAUGACCAGCAGGAGUCGAUAAAUCCAGCUAUGACACUGAAAGUCCCUUUCGCGCAGCCGAAGAGAUGUAUGUCUGAUUCUUCAUUGAAACUUGCAGUGGUAGACACACAACACCACUUGGAAGGUUUAGAAAGUCGUGCUAAAUCUCGAUCUUUCAAUGGUAUCGAAACUAGUCCAAUGCAGAGAAGAAAAGUCAGAUUCGCGGACGACCAUGAAAUGAAAGACAGGCGGGUUGACCGACAAAGAAAAUCGUUAACUAAGAGAGUGUUUUCAGAUUUACAGCCACGUAUUGUUGUCACAAAAGAGGCUGAUAGCGAAAAAUAGGAGAUACGCAUGCAAAAUGUUGGAAGAAUAUCGUCGAAAAAAGGCUCAAAAAAAAAAUACGAGCUGUAAUUUAAAACAUUAAAAAGCUGUUACUACCUACGAUGAGUUGUGUCGCCUUCGACUAGAUAAUCUUGACUACAGGUGGCUUUUGCCGUGCAAGCCGAGGACGAAUGCUUGAGUGAUGUUUGACGAAUUAAAUAAUUGCCCAUGGCAAAGUGCGACGGUGCAAUGCUUUUGAAAAGAAGAGUCAGGAUAAAUGUUCGCCACACAAUGUCAACGCGGUAUGUUUACAGCAUAGCACAAUUUUUGAAACUUAAAAAUGCGUCGUAAGUCUCUUACUAAUCCGGGAAUCGCUCUAUCACUUAAAUUGUUUACUGAAGAGACUUAAAAGAGCAUGAAAAGUAUAGAUAUUUCACUCUCACAAAUGUCAUUAUUGCUUUCCCCGACAUUCAUUCUUUGUGGACACGUCGUCAUUUUGAAAUCCACAUUUAGCUGUUAAUCCGUUAGUCACAAGCACUAUUACCGUUCUCGACUCACAAACCGACUUAAGGGCAAUGAAUUUCAUGGCUCAUUAAUUUAGAUGACUAAGAACGAAGUGAUCAAGGGAUCAGUUAAGUAAACUCUAGACAUGUUUAAAUGUUUGCAAGGGAAACUAGAUAGUUUGAGUAUCACGCAAGAAUCUACUACAAUGUUUGAACUGCAACAACCCUUUCCAGACUAAUUUGAUGAUGGCAGAAUUUUCAAUUAUGAUUUCUAUGUUUUUGCCCUGCAGCAUAAAAAUGUUGAUUUGCAUAGAUAUCAGUUUGUUUGGUAGUUUUGCGGUUAUAAAAACCCGCAAGGUAAGAAAAAAGUUCCUUGAUGAAAUAAACUGCUGCGCGUUUUUGUGAAAACAAGGAUUUAACCUUUAUCGCCAAGCAUAUAUUUGAUGUUAAGUUGAGCUGUCUUUAAUUUUACUCAAUACAAAUUCCUGAUACGGAGAAAAUUGAAUAAAAGCAGAAAUGAACAAACAAAUAAACGAAGGAGAAUUCGAACAUAUAAACAAACAAACUUGAGAAUUUAAACUUGUCAGGUAUGGUUACCACGAAGAAAAUUUAAGUUAUGGAAUGCGUACAGGAAGUCAGCUCUGCCUGGGCCUGAUAUGUUCCAAGGAAUUGUGUCCAAAACUUUGAUCUGGCCAUCGAAACACUCGGUUGGAUCGCUUCAUCGGUCUUAUCAUCCUCUAUUUGAAAACCAAUGAUGUAAGAUGGAACCUGGCUUCACUACAGGUAAAACCAAGCCUAUCUUUUGCAUACAUAUUUGUGCGUGUGCUGAGGUUAGAAUCUACUGCUGACAUGACCUACUCAAAGUUGGAAAAUCCAAUUUUCCAUAUCUGUAUUGUUAUCUAUACCACGAAAUACGCUAAAGUGAAAAUGUUCUGGUAAUGAGUCGGUGGAGACAACGUUAACUCUGUGACGAAAAUAAAUUGUCGUCUAUGAAACAAAAGGAGACUGAUUCCAAUAUCACAAAGUUUCGUCAACGGUCAUUGAUGCAAAGACGAAAGGUGAAUUCGGCAAAUUGGUCUAAUCACAAAAAUUCCGACUUGGAAUACUGUCUUAAAGACUCUUUAAGACAAACAAGGACGUGCUUGAGAUCAUGCGGUUGAUAAAUAACGAAAUAGCUAGCUCUUUGAUGUGGUUGUUGCUUUUUUCAGCAGUAAACUUAAAAACCUAAUAUUCAUUUUCACCAGGAGUUUCUUCUGUGAUUGUCGAACAAUCAGUAUAAUGGAGGAAGACGUUUUCGAUAAUGUUGUUUCGUGACCACAUAUAGCUUAAUUUAAUCUUCCGGUUGGCGCGCGCUUCCGAUUGGAAGAGAGAAAAUGCGGUAAUUGGUUUCACCUAAUGAUACUGAUUUAUGGGUCCACUUCUGUCACUGUCGUACGUGAUGUAUCAGUAAAAACAAACAAGUCAUCGAAUGAAACAUAUUGGCUUUACUUGAGGAUGGGAAAAUAACAGUAUAGUCAUGAUGAAAGACUACAAGCGAACCAGAAACAUGAAUAACUAUUCAUCCCGGAGACAGAGCAAUUAUGAUAAAGAUAUGAAUCAAGCGUUCACUCUUAUUUUCCACAACAUCAAAAGGCUUCAAGAUGGUCAUUUGUGCAGUAGUGAUGCCAACCUCCUUUUAACGGAUGCUGGUAAACGGAAGAUUGUGGUCACGGGAAAACCUGAAGAAAAGCCAGAGAGGCGUAUGAGAAAACGAAGCAGAUCAGAAACCUUCUUAGCUUUUGUCCAAGAGAAAAUGACCAAUAAUAAAUCUCUCGGAUCACAAACCGAAGGGAACUCCUUGCAAAGACGAAAAGUUAGAUUUGCUGUCGAUGGUGAACAUCACAGAAAGGUGCCCUUAUCCAGAACCGUGUCUGAACCUCAGAAGCUUCAUUUGAGCCCCAAAAGGACGGUAGAUGGCUAG